AUGGAUACAGACACGGCAUUGCUCGGUGCAGUAGUUAUUUCUCACCCAGAAUCAUUGGUGGAGGUCUUGCAAGACGUCGAGAUUGUCGACAACACUCUGCCAAAUCGAUCGUCCUGCUGGCAGGAUGUCAUCAGCGCCAUCGAGACAGCCAAGGCCCAAGACGGUGCCAAGGCCGAAAAGUCGAUCUUGCGAUCCCGGCUGAGAAAGUCCGGGCCUGAGGUUGCGGUCCUCGAGGCGUUGGCGGGCAUGAUACCGGACCAGGAUGGCCUGAGCAUUUUGCGGGGCGGUCUAAUGACACUGUUCAAGAUGGUUACUCUGCGGUUAGAAACCCGCACCAAAAUCCUCCGAGCGUUCGAGGGCAUCCCGCAAACCUUCCUGGAUGCGGUCGAGGCUGGCAUGCGAUUCCCCAAUGCGCUUGAUCUACUACAUGCUGUCAGACAACUCUAUAACACACUGGUGGAGGACGUUGCGACUCUGAUUAGGAUACUACUGCGUAGUCAUCCCCAUAAGAAUCGACUGGUUCGACUUUGGAAGCAACGGCCGGGGAAGGAAGCCGACGUAGUCGAGGAAUGCCUUCUUCGGGUAUCCCAAGCAUCGGAACGCGUUGACCGAUGUUCGCGGGCUGCGAUGGAGCGAGCGGUGGGCGAGAUCCUGGUGCUCAACGAUGGGAUGAGUGCCGACGUUAAGGCCCUCAAGUCCGGAAUGGACGGCAUCCAAGCGACGAUCGACGACGGUGUAACUCGGCUCGAAUCCCGGCUUGCGAUAACCGGCCAGGACAAGCAUUUCCAGGCCGUCAUGGAAAAGGUGGCGGACCGGGUGCUCGAGGGGAUCCGGGGGACCGGAGUCGGCUGGUAUUGGCCAGGAUUCCCGGGGCCGACCCAGCAGCCUGCGCUGCCGUGGCUCGUGACGGCAGCCGUGAGCCCGUCGUUGUUGGCGCCGGCUUCACCUUUGCCGCAGAUCGAGCAAGCUCCACACCCCGCGCCACAUUCGACAUCACCACGUGCUAGGCUCCAUGAUGUCCUAAACGCCCUCAACGUACCAGACUCUGCGGUAGACGACGCCCUGGAAGAAGUGAUUCGACGCAGCUAUCGCCUCAAGAAUGACACAGGCGCCCCAAGUAGCCGGUUGUUGGAGACCGAACGCUUCACCCGGUGGCUCAAAGCGCCGGCUACCGUGUCUGACCUGGUCCUCGUCGACGGCCAAUGUGGUAAUAUCGCAGCAGCCAAGGUGUCACCCAUGUCGGCCAUAUGCGCCUUUCUCGUCGAAACAAUAAUGAAUAUCGACGAGGAGGAUCACACCGAGCAGCCUUCCCCGGUCGUCCUCCAUCAUUUCUGUGGCCAGCAUCUGGGGCAACGGAACCCCUUGAGUGGUCCGGUAGGGCUCAUUCGAUCGUUCGUGCACCAGCUCCUGGUAGGAAGCCAGAGUGACGAGGACGGUACGGCCUCAUCGUCACCGCCACUGGAAUUUGUCGAUAUGCAGCUUCUCAGCGCUGUAGAUGCAGGCGACGUGCCGAGUCUCUGUCGGUUGUUUUGCGAACUCUUCUCCCAUUUGGACCGUUCCCGUCCCGUGUUUUGUGUCAUCGAUGGAGUUUCCGAUUUAGAAACAGCGUUAGAUGGGUGGGGAGACGAUGCCUGUCAUGUGGGUGGUAUGUUGCUGGGGCUCGUCGACUCGGGGGAGCACCGGCCUGGCCCUGCGCUUAAGGUGCUCCUUACCAGCGCACAGAAAAGCACGGCGUUAGCGGAGUCGGUUGUGCCGCCGGAUCGGCACAUCUCGUUACUGGCGGCACAUUCUACACGCCGCAGGUCCUACACCCCGAUGUUCCAGAGGGAUGUUGAAGCAUUGUUGAUGGCUGGUAACGAAUAA